CGGUAUUCAACAACUACAAAAGCUAAAAGAAAUUGAAUUAUUCUCAUCAACGUAUGGGCGAUUGUAGCAGUGAAUCGGGUUGCCGAUAAACAGUAAAAGUCGGGCUCAGCCACACCACAUGAUGCCAAGACAUGUGGCUUAUCCCGUUCUUCUCCGAUUUCUCCAUAUCAAAUUAUCAACUCCAGACCUCACCUGUUGAUUCCUUCAGCCAAAAGCGAAUCCUCGAGGGCAUUGAGCCAAGGCUGAAAAUGCCGUCCGGAAUCUUCAAUUCAAGUUAUUACGGCAAAGACUAUCGUGCCGGGGCUGCCCUGCUUCGAGCUCGGCGGCCGUAUCUAGUUAGAAAUGCUUUGACAGGGCUAGGGCUUUGUGUAUUCACUGUUGGAGUUUAUGCCUUUACGAUUCGUGCCGUGGGUCAAGAGGAUUUUUCUGAUGUCGUUGUUCCCGAAGCAUCGACAGUAAACAGUCAACAACAAAAGUAGAUUCGUGCUUUUUGACUGAUGGCGAUGUACGAUACUUCAAUCCUUCGAAAUACCCUCAUGUCUACUUCUUAUGUAUUCUAUCCCGAAUUGGAGUUUGAGAACUGGAAUCAAUGUUGGCAUGACUCAGAGCCUGUGUGUUGUUUGGCCCCGGAAUUAUUAUGUCCCUGCAUAUACGUCUUGUGUAGAUACAAUUAUGUCAGACUUUACGUGCAAGGUCCAUUGUCUACUACGUUGACACAGAUCAUGGUCGGGAAGACUGGUCUCUAUGGAUAGAUUCGGAUGGUGAUCUACUCGAACCUGUAUAAACCAAGCACAGAGCCAAGGGGAAAUUGUGCCCAAGGCUUAUUACUGCUCACACGAAACGAAUAUAGAACUCUCCUGGUGCUAUUUAUUUUAUUGG